AAUUGAGAAGAGAAUGGCCUCUUAUGAACUCUCAUUAACAAGUUAUCAAAAGCAGGUAUAGAAAAGGUUCUUUUUGAUUAUUUUCUUUGUUCAGGACUUUUAUGGAAAAGUGGAGUGAAAGAAAGAGGAACAGCGGCAGACAUCAAUACAGCAACAUUGGCUUUUGUAAAGAAUGGCACAGUGGAGUUAGCCUUAGAAUUAAAAGAUACCCAGGUUGCAUUGAAUGAUAGUAUUCGUGUAGUUCGAGAAACCAAAGCAGAUGUGGCUCGAUUAAAUGCUUCGGUUGGUGAAUUAAGUGGUGAUUAUUCGACAUUUAAGCAGGAAAUGACACAAACUCUGCUGUAUUUAUCGAUCAAUGAAAUAUUAAGUAAUAGACCCAAUUUAGUAUUCAUUAGAUCAAGUGAUGUUCCUGCUGUUAUUCAACAAAUCAUGCAAGAAGCAAAUGAUUCAUUAGAUAGUAUUUUAGAAGAUCAAUCACCACUUAUUGCUCUUACACAACUUAUUUUAUAUCAAAAAAUAUAUUUUAUGCCAACAACGAUGUAUCGUUCACAGAAUGCUGAAGAGAUUGGCCGACUGAUUUUCACCAACGUUAUUGGUCUUCCAAAUCAAAAACAGGAUAAAUUUAAUGUUUAUCAGUUACAUCACAUUCCAUUCUAUCAUCACCAUCAUUUUGUAAAAAUUGCUAACAUGCCGUCAUAUAUCGGCCAAAAUCCACUAACAAAUGACACCAUUGAAUGGUAUUCAACAGAUACUUCAUACUGCACAUUUGACAGUUAUAUUAAAUGUAAAAAUACACCGGCAUAUGGGAGAUAUUUUAAUAAUCGAUGUUUAAUACAGGUAUUAUCCACCAAUAUUAAACUAUCAUCAUGCAGGUAUGAACAUGUGGAAGAUGCCGAUCACUACACUCUUCAGCUAAAUGGUGGAUAUUGGGCAGUGUCUAGUAACAGAACUCUUGAAUGUGUUCUUGUUCCUGUUAUGCCCAGUUCAGAUGAAAUUGGUGAAUUACCAGCGGGUAAGUGA